ACAUUAUAAUAUAUUAUAUAUUAGCUUCAAAAAUAUACAAUAUAAUAAUAUUAUGCAAUAUUUAUAUUUAUCAAGUUACUAAUUAUAUGUAAUGUACAAUUAUUUGAAAUUGACUAUCUAAUACUAAUUUUAUUCCGUGCAAGGCAAAAAUCUUAUCCUAGUAAAUAGUAAAAGGAUGAAAAUAUUGUUUUCUUAAAAAAUCUCCAAUUGAUAGUGUUACAAAAAAAAAUAUAAUUUACCAAAAACUAAAAUCUACUUUAGAAUCUACAAACAACCAACUUUUUAAGGUUUUGUCUAGGUCAAACAUACUUGCGAGACCGGCUAUAACGCUAGAAUUUAGUUGAGUCUUUUGAUGGGUUGCGAUAGAAUCAGUGCCCUGCCGGAUUGUUUGAUAACUGAGAUACUCUUAUGGCUUCCGACCAUGGAUUCUGUUAAGACAAGCGUUUUAUCGACCCGGUGGAGAAACCUAUGGCUUGAUGUUCCAGGGCUAGACAUUAAAUUCCUUUCUAGCAAUGCUAAUACAAUCACUAGCUUCAUUAAAAGAUUUCUGGAAUUUAACAGCGAUGCACGCCUGCGAAAGUUCAAGAUAACGUAUGACACGUCCAAGGGUCAUGAUCCCUUUGGAAUCAGAGAGUGGAUCGCCACAGCUAUAAAUCGAGGAGCUCAGCAUUUAGAUGUGGUUUACACAUUUGUUAGGUAUAUGUCUUUCAAAGAGUUCAUGCCUCUAGACAUUUAUAAGAGCAAGACAUUGGUGUCUUUAAAGCUUGUAGAAGUAGGGAUGUCUAAUCCCGACUUUGUUGUUUCUCUACCUUGUCUGAAGAACAUGCAUCUUGAAAAAGUUACGUACAGUGGUAAGGAUCCUUCAUUCAUGGAGAAGCUCAUCUCAGGCUGUCCGGUUCUUGAAGAUCUAACAGUGUUCAGGUCGUCUGAUGAUAACGUACUGGCUCUUCGUGUGAGAUCUAAGAGUCUUAAGAGGUUUAGUGUAAGGUCUAACCGCUGGAGUAGAAUCCAUAGUAGGGAGUUCGCGCUGGAGAUUGAUGCUCCGGGACUCAAAUAUAUGAAGUUAGGAGAUCAAAAGUCUGAAAGAAUCGUGGUGAAGAAUCUAAGAUCUUUGUUUAUGGUCGACAUUGAUUCCAUAUUCAAUGUUGGACGUAACACUAAUUUGGAAAUGAAGAAAGAUACUAUCCGUGAUUUUCUCAAUGGUAUUUCUUGCGUAAGGCAUAUGAUCGUCUCUCAGCUUACUCUGGAGGUUCUUUAUCGUUACCUGGGAUCCAAUAUUCCCAUGUUUAACAACUUAUAUCGUUUAGAAGUGUCUCGCAUUGCCCGCUUAGAACACAUGUUACCCGAUUUUCUUGAGAGUUUCCCGAAUCUAAAACACCUCACACUGUGCGUAGUGUAUUUGCCCUCGUCUUUUUGGCAGUGCAUAAUGUAUUUGAACCAUCUAAACGUGGAAAAACAUGAAGGUUCAAUUGUGCCUCGGUGCUUACUAUCGACCCUCGAGUGUGUUGAGAUUAGAGAAUUUACAGGAGAAGAAACGAGGACGAAAAAGAAAAUAAUGAAACAGAAAAAGGAACCUUUGAUGAAUGUAGCUAGGUAUAUUCUUGUCAAUUCAAUAGUCCUCAAGAAGCUCAUUUUGAUUCUCUCUCCUGCAACCAACCAAAUCUCGGAUAUCGCCAAGGAGCUUCUUACAAUCAGAAAAGGGUCUAGCAGAUGCAAUAUCUUCAUGGGUUUAUUGCACUCUGAAUCCGAUACACCUUUUCUACAACUUAUAUGCUAAUUAGACAUUUCCCAGUACUUACUUGUUUUCCAAAAUGAUAUUGCAUUUUCUCAUACUCGUGAUUUUUUUUUUCUCUGUUAGUUGUUUUGAGUGGAGUAAGAACUGACUUAUCCAAAUCUGAGAACAAUCUUUCUUUUUUUUUGACUAUGUGAUCUGUUGGUCAACUAUCCAUGUGCUUUGAACUGUUGGUAUGUGAGUUGCCAAAACGAUAAUUCUUCCUUGUUAAGUUCUUAGCUAGCUUCUUCUUCAUGAAUGUAAGCUUGAUGGUUUCUUUUCUUUUCUUUCUGCAUUUCUAAAGAUAUGUCUAACUUCUCCACAAACAUUUUAUUUGUGAUCAUUGUUGGAUUUCAUUUCUUUAUAGUAGCAUAAUGCUUCUUAAUGAUCAUCCUUAUUGCAAUAGUUUCACCAUCUUGGCUUUCUU